AUGAAGCAGCAGUACUACUUAUCAUCUCUUAAUAUAUUCUUGUGCACUAUUAUUGUUGUUGUAGCUUCAAUGUCUCAUAGUGAUGAUGACAAACCCAAAGUUAUAGUGCAAGCAUGUAGCAACACACCAAACCCUGACCAAUGCUUCCACUACAUCAAAGCUGAUCCUAGGAGCAACACUGUUAAGGAUGUCCAAGAUGUUGGAAUACUCAUGGCAAGAAUUUUACAACUCAAAGCAAAACUCGCCAGGGACAAAAUCUACCGAAUGAUGUCGGCCGCAGAAAGACCGGAUUUGAAGGUUCAUAAGUUGAAAGCAUGUCUUGGAAGUUACAAUAAUAUUUUGAAUGUUGAUGUUGAAGUAGCCAUUGAUGCUUUCAAAGAUGGGAAUCCACGGAUGGCUGAAGUUGGUGCUGAUACCGCUUCCCAUGGAGUCAGUGAUUGUGAGGAAAGCUUCAAUGGGGAAUCUCCAAUUACCAAUUUCAAUACUCUUAUUUAG